GCGAUUAUAAAAUGCACCUCCAAAGUAUCCUUUCAUAAAAUACACUCCCGUGUUCCUAAGAAGGAUUGAUCAUUCAGGUGAAUUUAUUUCAAUCCAAAUACUAAGGAUGAAUGUGCUCUGGUUUUCUCUACUUGCUAUUUUAUGCAGGUUUGCUUCAAGUGCAGAUUGGUGCUAUCAGUCUCAAGUAUCUUGCAGCAAUCACUCAUGCAUAGGACCGGAUGACUGGGCAUCAGUAGCCGCGGAGUGUGGAAAUACAAAACAGUCUCCCAUUAACAUAGUAACAAACAAAACUGUCUUUGACAGUCAUCUAACCCCAGUGCAGUUUACAGGCUACCAAGAAACAAUCACUACUCUCAUUAAAAACAACGGACACACAGUGCAAGUUAACCUGCCAGACACAGCAGCAAUUAGUGGAGCCAAAUUAGAAAGCAGUUACAAAGCUCAGCAGCUUCACCUGCACUGGGGCAAGAACGGUGGACCUGGAUCAGAACAUACUAUAGAUGGAGAGAAAUAUCCUAUGGAGCUUCACAUCGUACAUAUAAAAGAAAAGUACAACUCUGUGGAUGAGGCCAUUGUUGACCCCUCUGGAGUUGCUGUUCUCGGAUUUUUUUACGAGGAGUCACAAACUGCCAAUAAAAAAUAUGACGGCAUCAUAAAUUCUCUGAAAAAUAUUACACAUCCUGGCACCAAUGCAACACUGACAGAUGUAUCAUUAGACAUGCUCAUUCUUCCCCAUAAUGAAUUGGAGAGGUACUUCCGCUACCAGGGGUCCCUCACCACACCAGGCUGCUCUGAAGCUGUGGUCUGGACAAUAUUUGAGAAGGCGAUACCCCUCAGCAAGGAACAGCUUUCUGCAUUUUCAAACCUGAUGUUUUCUGACGGGACCGCCAUGGUGAACACAUACCGGCCCAUUCAGCUGCGGUCUGGACGUCAAGUGUUUUAUUCUAGAAGUUAUGUUUUUUGUGUUAGCACUGCUUUAUUGGUCAGCUCUGUUUUGACAUCCUUCUAUGUUCUCACUGUCUAAUUUAUAGUUACGAAGCAAGUUAUUUAUCAUUCAUCAAUAAUUCAUGGCAAAUCAAACUUUAUAAUCAUUUAGCCACGUAUGGCUUCAAAAUGCAAAAUGUCUUGUGUGAAAGGCAGGUUGUCAAACAUAUGCACCCUCUCCACAUCCAAAGUCUGAGGUUUUGUACCUGAUGAAUAUUAA